AUGGACAAUUUCGCCCGCCGGCGCCAGACAGAGCUGAAGCAGGGCCUCGUGAGCAUGGUGGCGACUAUGGGCUCCACCACCCCGGAGAUCACUGGCAAGCUGCCUGGGUUCCUGUCGCCGUCCAAGGGCCUCGCUUUCAAGGGCGCCCUGAACGACCUCAGCGCCAUCUCCGAAGUCCCCGCGGCAGGCUCGGGGCGAAUCGUGGCCCGCGGUGCGCUCUGCGAGCUGCUCCAGGACCAGUCUGCUGGCACCGAUGCCUCGGCGGGCCGCUUCGACUGCAAGGCGCCGACGUCCAGCGACGCCGCAGCGAAGCGGUCGAAGCUGAAGCUGGCGGCUGAGAUCGCCAACCCUCGUCUGGCCAUCACGGCGGUCAUCUGCGUGCUCUUCCAGGAUUUGGAAGGCGCGGCGGCGCCGCUGCAGCGGGCGCAGCAGCAGCAGGAGCAGCAGCGCGAUGACUACGAGAGCGACGUGGUGACGGCCGCCUGGCGUCAGCAGCAGCACCCUUGCAAUUCUGACAGGGUCUUCCAAGUUCAAGUGGGCCCUGUUAGAGCAGAAGGAAGUCGUGGUGUCUCGAGCCCCCGCCUUCUCCCUGGCAGCCAGUUAGAGCGCGGAUCGCAACGGCGCCCGACGGCGGUGACCCGCGACCGCCUGGAGGGGGCGCCGGUGCCCGGCCUUCGGGGGCCGGCAGACCGAAGGAGCCGAAGGUGA